GCACAACUGUUAAUAAUGUACAUGUGGAAAUGGCUCUCCAGUUCAUACCUGGUACAACAGGAGGAGGUGAUCCAAGAAACGAUGCCCACUCUCAGAGCACCAGAGAGGACCUUCGCCUCUGCCAAGCCAUACAGCAUGGCACUGUCACUCUGGAUACUGUGGACCUGUGCCAUCACCCUGAGCAACAUUGCCCCCUCUGCCCAAGCUCUGAGCCGCUCUGCCAUGCCCUUUGGGCUGAUGCGGCGCGAGCUGGCCUGCGAGGGGUACCCCAUUGAGCUGCGCUGCCCGGGCAGUGACGUCAUUAUGAUCGAGACCGCCAACUAUGGCCGAACUGAUGACAAGAUCUGCGAUGCCGACCCCUUCCAGAUGGAGAAUGUACAGUGCUACCUGCCUGACGCCUUCAAGAUUAUGUCUCAGAGAUGCAACAAUCGGACACAGUGUGUGGUAGUAGCGGGUUCCGAUGUGUUCCCAGAUCCCUGUCCGGGCACCUACAAGUACCUGGAGAUCCAGUACGAGUGCGUCCCCUACAAAGUGGAUCAAAAAGUUUUCGUGUGUCCUGGGACACUUUUGAAAGUUCAGGGGCCCAGCUCCAUACAGGAGUCAGGGCACCAAGCAGGGGCCUGGUGCAAGGACCCCCUGCAGGCCGGCGAUCGCCUGUACGUCAUGCCCUGGACCCCCUACCGCACCGACACCCUGACCGAGUACGCCUCCUGGGAGGACUUCAAGCAAGGACGUCCCACCACCACCUAUCGCCUCCCGAAUCGUGUGGAUGGCACGGGCUUCGUGGUGUACGACGGGGCUGUGUUCUACAACAAGGAGCGCACCCGCAACAUUGUCAAGUACGACCUGCGCACGCGUAUCAAGAGCGGGGAGGCCAUCAUCACCAAUGCCAACUACCACGACACCUCGCCCUAUCGCUGGGGCGGAAAGUCUGACAUCGACCUGGCGGUGGACGAGAAUGGCCUUUGGGUCAUCUACGCCACCGAGGCCAAUAAUGGACGUCUGGUGGUCAGCCAGGUGAACCCAUACACCUUGCGGUUCGAGGGCACCUGGGAGACAGGCUUCGAUAAGCGUCUGGCGUCCAAUGCCUUCAUGGCGUGCGGGGUCCUGUAUGUGGUGCGCACCGUCUACGAGGAUGACGACAGCGAGGCGGCGGGAAACUUCAUCGUGUACGCCUACAACACCAACCUGAACCGUGAAGAGCCUGUCAACAUCGCCUUCCCCAACCCUUACCAGUAUAUCUCUUCCAUCGACUACAACCCCCGUGACAACCAGCUCUACAUCUGGAACAACUUCAAUGUGCUGCGCUACCCCCUGGAGUUUGGGCCUCCAGACCCAACUGCAGAUCCCCUCACCACCACUCAGAUCACCACUACUACUGCCUCUGUGAGGCCCUGGUCAGCCACCGUCGCCAGUACAGCCAGUUCCUCCACCGCCCGCCCCCUGCCACCCACCUCCCACCCCAUUGGGGCCAUCAACAAGGUGCCCGACCUGCGGCCCAUCACCGCCACUAUCCCCGUCACCCGUCGGCCCCCGCCACCCUACCACGGCCCUGAGCAGCAGAUGUGCGAGGCUCGUGUCGCGCGGGGGGUGCAGUGGCCCUCCACACAGAGGGGGGAGACAGUGGACAGACCCUGCCCGAAAGGGUCCCUCGGUAUUGCAUCAUUCCAGUGCCUGUCAUCUCCAGUCAUGUGGAAUCCACGGGGUCCUGACCUCAGUAACUGCACCUCACCUUGGGUCAGCCAGGUUGCACAGAAGAUUAAGAGUGGAGAGAAUGCAGCUAAUAUUGCUGGGGAGCUGGUGAACCACACUAGAGGUAGGAUCCAUGCUGGGGAUGUCAGCUCCUCUGUCCGGCUCAUAGAGCAGCUGCUGGACAUUCUGGACGCCCAGCUCCAGGCCCUGAAGCCAGGCAAUAAGGAGUCUGCUGCUAGGAACUACAACAAGCUACAGAAGAGGGAGCGCACCUGCAGAGCGUAUAUCCAGGCAGUGGUACAGACAGUGGACAACCUCCUGCGCCCAGACGCUCUGGACUCCUGGCAGGACAUGAAUUCCACCGAGCAGGCCCACACAGCCACCAUGCUGCUGGAUGUGAUGGAGAAAGGGGCAUUCCUGCUGGCUAACAACCUCUACGAGUCCAAGUUCACUGACAAGGGCACCAACAUUGCUCUUGAAGUUUGGGUCCUGAACACAGAGGCAGACCUGCAGAAUCUAUCCUUUCCUCAGUCCUUCCCCAGUGACAGCUCCAUCCAGCUCUCUGCUUCCACUAUCAAGCAGAACAGCCGCACAGGGGUUGUGAAGGUAGUCUUUUUGCUCUACAAGAAUCUGGGACCGUUCCUGUCCACGGAGAAUGCCUCUGUCAAAAUGGAACUAGAGCCUGGCUCACCCAACAAGGGCCUGGUGGUCAACUCCCAUGUUAUCUCAGCUUCCAUCAACAAGGAGUCCAGCCGUAUCUACCUGACCGAACCCGUCAUCUUCACCCUGCAGCAUCUCCAGCUGGAGAACCACUACAGCCCCAACUGCACCUUCUGGAAUUACUCAGAGCGCACCAUGAUGGGCUACUGGUCCUCCCAGGGCUGCCGACUGGUGGAGACCAACAAGACCCACACCACCUGUUCAUGCAGCCACCUCACCAACUUCGCCGUGCUCAUGGCGCACCACGACCCUGUGUACCCAGGCCGGAUGCAUGAGCUAAUCCUGUUUGUCAUCACCUGGGUGGGCAUCGUCAUCUCGCUGGUGUGUCUGGCCAUCUGCAUCUCCACCUUUUGCUUCCUCCGUGGACUGCAGACUGACCGCAACACUAUCCACAAGAACCUCUGCAUCAACCUGUUCAUCGCAGAGCUGCUGUUUCUCAUUGGGAUCGACAAGACUCAAUACGACAUUGCCUGUCCCAUUUUCGCUGGCCUUCUGCACUUUUUCUUCUUGGCUGCUUUCUCUUGGAUGUGCCUGGAAGGAGUGCACCUGUACCUGAUGUUGGUGGAGGUCUUUGAGAGCGAGUAUUCCCGCAAGAAAUACUACUAUCUGUGCGGUUACUGCUUCCCUGCUUUGGUGGUGGGCAUCUCAGCAGCCAUUGACUACCGUAGCUAUGGCACCAAGAAAGCAUGCUGGCUGCGAGUUGAUAACUAUUUCAUCUGGAGUUUUAUUGGACCGGUCUCCUUUGUCAUCAUGCUGAACCUGGUGUUCCUGAUGAUCACGCUGCACAAGAUGAUCCGCAACACCUCCGCCCUCAAACCUGACUCCAGUCGUCUGGACAACAUCAAGUCGUGGGCUUUGGGGGCGAUUGCUCUGCUUUUCCUGUUGGGUCUGACCUGGGCAUUUGGUCUUCUGUUCAUCAACGAAAACACCGUCAUCAUGGCCUACCUCUUCACAACCUUCAACGCUUUCCAGGGCAUGUUCAUCUUCAUCUUCCACUGCGCCCUGCAGAAGAAGGUCCACAAGGAGUACAGCAAGUGUCUGCGCCACUCAUACUGCUGUAGCCGAACCUCCAAUGCAAACUCCCAUGGUUCCCUCAAGACCUCAGCCAUGAGGACCAACAACCGCUACUACACAGGCAGCCAGGCACGGCACGGAUCAGCACACAGACAGAGCCGGAUUCGCAGGAUGUGGAACGACACGGUGCGCAAACAGACCGAGUCGUCUUUCAUGGCCGGGGACAUCAACAGCACGCCCUCCCUCAAUCGAGCUACUAUGGGAAACCACUUACUCACCAAUCCUGUCCUUCAGACUCGUUCUGGCACCAGUCCUUACAAUACUCUCCUGGCUGAAUCCGUUGGCUUCAACCCUCCGUCUCCCAAUGUCUUCAAUUCCACCGGGACAUUCCGAGAUCCAAAAAGCACGCUGUCGAAGAGCCGGGACACCUGUGGCAUGGAGACAUUGCCCCUCAAUGGCAACUUCAACAACAGUUACUCCCUGCGUAGCGGGGGCAGCUCCGACAGCUCUGGGGGUCCUCCCCCUCUCCUGAAUCCCCGUGGAACAGAGAACCUGGGAGGUCGGCGCAACCUGAGCGACGCCGCCGCUUUCGAGAAGAUGAUCAUCUCCGAGCUGGUGCACAACAACCUGCGAGGGGGAGUGGAGAGAGGGGGCAGCCUGGCAAAGGGGCACCACAGCAGUGGUCAGGGGGCGGGGGGAGAGUCAGGGCAGAGCAGCAGAGGUGGCGGGGGGGAGGAAGACGCCAUGGUGGCCGACGCCCCCCAGGAGAACAUCGAUAUCGAGCUGAUGUACAAAGCCCUGGAGGAGCCCCUGCUGCUUCAGAGGGCCCAGUCCAUCCUGUACCAAAGCGACCCUGAGGAAUCGGAGAGCUACACCGCUGAGCUGACGGAAGGACUGGAUGCCCAGCUGCAGUCGCCCAAUAGGGACUCCCUCUACACCAGCAUGACCAACCUUCGGGAUUCGCCCUAUCCUGACAGCAGCCCCGAACCACUGGAGGUGGUUCCCCGCUCUGCCCAGCCCCCCGAGGAGCUGUACUAUGGUUCAGGGCGACCAGCCAUGGGAUCCCGCGGGCAGAUGCAGACCUUCUACCAGCCCCAGGCCCGCCGGCCCAGCGGGGAGGGCUACCUAGUGCAGGUGGGCAUGGAACCGGGCAUGAGUGAAGGGGAUGGGCAGAUGCAGUUGGUUACAAGUCUCUGAUGACCCUCCAACAACAAUAAGCAACAACAUUUUCAAAGGAAUAUAACCCUCCCCUCUCCCAUUUGCAAACUACCAUUUAUUUUCCUGACUACAUCCUACGAUUACCCUUUCUUCCCCUCCCUUCUCUUCUCCCUGCCAGCCCUGGACCCCAGUGAUGGCGGCUGCCCCCCCGAGCCCUGCCAUCUUCCUCCACUGAUGGAUUUCCCAGAAACCUUUCUGAGUCAGCGGGGUUGGAGCUGCCUUAUUUUUCCCGGAUUGAGUCGCUGCUCCAAACACAGAACAGAAGGAGUGAUACUGGGUUGGACCUCUCAUUUACUCACUGGUUCCUCGGCUCAUCUCUUCUCCAGCCACGCUUAAUACCCUGCACUUGCACACCACCCUCAGCGGUGUCCUUCCAGAUUUUUCUUUCCCCUCCUCUUUUACUCAGACGGUCCAUGACAACACAAGCACAGCUACCACUGAAAUGUCCCUGCACAGGAAUUCCCAGAAGCACAGGGCUCUCUGUGCAACUUGGGCCAGUGUCAUUUUCCAGCCACAGGGUGGGGCAGGCUGGGGGAUGGGGGAGUUUCUCCCAAACAAAAGAUCCAUCUGUUUUGUUUUUCUUUGCAGUUGGGGCACAUCGAUACCAUAGAUUCUGAAAGCUCUUAAAUGUUGCCAAAAAUUAUUUCCAGACAGUCUCAGUGCAGAACCAUUAGAAACUGAGCUGCUACUUUGCCUUUAGUGGUCACCUUGAACUUUUUUUCUCUUGAUCCUGGGAACAUUGCUUUCUUUAACGGGAGAUAAAAGUUUGGGACAGACUGGUCCAGGUCUUGCAGUUGUUCACACAUCCGCAGGAUGUCCCAGCUGCCCAGUGCAGAGAGGAAGUUCCUGGAAUGCCAACCAUCUGGCCACUUUUCCCUUCUUCGUAGGACCCUUGGACCAGCGUUGUCAUGUUUUCUGGGGCAUUGUUGGAGCUGACCUCUUACAAAAUUUCAUGUCCACCUCAAUGGCCACAAGAAACCCAGACUGACCCUUUUGUCAUGGGGGGGGGUGGACAAAAAGAGGUCUGUCGUGGAAAUUGGACAAGAACCGGACACUUCGUUGCCACGAGGAUUCUAAUUGUUAUUAAUACUCUGAUUAUUAUUCUAAUCAAAGCUGUAAAUAGGAACAAAAAAGAGAACAAAUUUCUUGUAUCGCACAAAAAUAAGAAACAAGGUAUAGAGUUUGUGACAUGAUUGACACUCUCUCUGUUACCUUCUUUCUCUCUAUCUCUAGGCCCUCGAAUAGCCUUUACCAUUUCGGUAAAGGAAGGCAGGGGGCGUGAGAGAGAAGAAGGAGAGAAAGGUUUUACUUACAAAGCAAAACUAAUGAACAAAAAAAUCCAACAGACAAAUGAGCGAAAUAACUUCCUGGCACAAUUUUUAUGUAAUAUACUCCAUUACAUGUUGUUAAUGUUUGACCUUUGACAUUCCCAAACAGGAAGUGCUGGGUAAGAGGUAUGGGAGGGCUGUUCUCACUGCCAGUUAGAGGAUUGUGGGUUAGUCUGUGGAGGCCUGGUUUGGGCGUUAUUUUCUUGGUCGAGAGAGGACCAGAGCUGAAGGAGGCCCUUUCUCAUCUUUGAACAUUUGUUAGAUUUCUGCCAGGCCAGCCAACCUGAGAUCGAUUUGCUUGAAUACAGUCUAAGUCCAUUUGAUUGGUUUACAGUUUACUUUGUAAACCCCUCCUUUUAGCAGAGCAUUCUGAUGUAGCAUACCAGAAAUUUAAGAUUCAUUUUAAAUAAUGACCACACUGUGCUAAUCCAACACAAUGAACAGCAAUAUAAAAUUUAUAUAUACAGUAUAUACACGAGUCAACAUGUUAUAAAAAAACCCCCCAAAACACAUCUUGAAUCGGUCUGAGUUUAGUUUUUAAUAUUGCAUCUGUUGGGUUAAAUAGCAGUUAGAGAUUUACAUAAGUAUGGCAACAACUUAGUUUCUCUAAGAAUCUCAGCAAUUUCAAAACAUUUCUUAGUCAUACUGACAGCACACAUUAACCCCUUAACUGUCAUUUAUUCCAGAAGAAGCUAGAAACAGGGGCAGCACAGUGGUUAGCUUCUUUUGCCUCGCGGCAUUGGGGCCCCUGGAUCAAUUCUGGACCUGGGGUGCUAUCUGCACGAUGUUUGUGUUCUCCCUGUGUUCACAUGAGUUUCCUCUGGGUGC